AUGAAAGGCAUGCAUGCAAAACAAACAAUUGAAACUAGUUGGCCUGGUAUAAAUUUCAAGAAAAAUGUAUUAUUGAUUCUCACCGUUCCAUCUGAAUGGUCUGAACAAGCAAAGCAUACAAUGAGAAAGUGUGCUUAUGAUGCAAAAUUAACAAACAUUAAAAGUUCUUCGCAUUUACAAAUUAUCACUGAACCUGAAGCUGCAGCGAUAUAUUGUAGGAAAUUAAUGAGAAAGAAAUUUUUUAGAAUUACUGGAAAAAAAUAUUUAAUUGUUGAUUGUGGUGGAGGUACAGUUGAUUUGACCAUGCGUCAAUUAUUACCAAAAAAUCGACUUGGAGAAGUUACAGAAUGUUCUGGAGAUUUGUGUGGUGGAUCGUUUGUUGAUUUGGAAUUUGUUAAAUAUAUUGGUAGAAAGGUUGGUGUCAAUGCAAUAAAAUCAUUAAAAGAAAAAAAGUAUGGACAAUAUCAAUAUAUGAUUCAAAGAUUUUGUGACAACGUCAAGUUUAAAUUUGAUGGUGGAGAUGAGGAUGUUGAAUAUGAUUUUGAUAUUGAAGAAAUUUGUCCUGCACUUAAGGAUUAUAUAGCUGACUCACAAAAGGAUCAAUUGAAAGAAGAUGAAUGGCUUAUCAACUUAGAUUAUGAAACUAUCAAAUCAUUUUUUGAUCCUGUCAUUGGCAGGAUAAUUAGAUUGAUACGCAGUCAAUUAGAGGCAAGCAAUGGUGAUUGUUCAGCAAUAUUUUUGGUUGGUGGAUUUAGUGAAUCACUUUACUUAAAAAAAAGAAUUAAAGAAGAAUUUAAAAAGAAACAAUAUGUUUCUAUUGUUUCGGUACCCUCUGAGCCAGCAUGUGCCAUUGUGAGAGGAGCAGUCGAGUAUGGGUUGAAUAAAGAUGUGAUAAAGAAUAGGGUGUUGAAAUAUAAUUAUGGGAUAGUUGUUAAAAAACCUUGGACUUGUGAGUUUCCGGUUGCAAGGCGUGAAGAAUGUGGAAACGUAAGAUUAAUGCGUUGGAUGGCUACUAAAGGUCAACAAGUUAAAGUUGGUCAGAAAUUUUCUACAUAUUUUAGAAUGUCCCAUGAAUAUCAAACACAUGUAAUUGUGGAUUUGUAUAUAUCAGAUAAUAUUACAACAUAUAGUGAUGAGCCUGGUGUUUACAAGUUGGGAAAAUUUACAGUAGAAGUGCCUGAUGUUCAUUUAGGAAAAAAUAGACGUACCGAAUAUGAACUUUGUUUUGAUCAAGAUGAAAUUACUGCAACUACUAAGACUCAUAAUGGUAACUCGAUAAGUCGGUCGUGA